GGAGGGUGCCGUGUAAGGCCGGCUCGGUGGCGCCGUGUUUCAGGCCCUUCCGCCAUGUCGGCAGCUGCUGAGGUUCAGAGGACGGCGGCCGUGGACCUGGGCGCCCUGCUGGACGCGGGCGACGGCGCGGUCGUCACGCUGGUGGCGGGAGGGACGCGGCUGGCGGCGCACCGCGCGGUCCUGGAAGAGAGGAGCCCCGUGUUCCGAGCCAUGUUCCAGCACGACACGCUGGAGGCCAGCUGCGGCGAGGUCAGAAUUACAGACGUGGAGGGCCCGGUGCUGAGGCAGCUACUGUCUUACAUGUACACCCUGCAGGCACCCCAGCUGACCGACACGGCCCGGGAGCUGUUGACGGCAGCCGACAGAUACGGCCUGUCCGCCCUGAAGGCCGCCUGCGAACAGCAGGUGGCGGCGCAGCUGGAGGUGGAGACGGCGGCGGCUGCAGCUGUGCUGGCGGUGAGGCACUCGUGCCCCAGCCUAACUGCGGCCGCCGUCCACUUCAUAAGGGCCCACGACUACAAAGCAAUGGCGACGCAGGGCUGGGCAGACGCCGUGCUCGAGUACCCAAAAGACAUCGUCGAAGUCAGUCGGCUGCUUGGUGAGCCACCAGCAGAAGCCAGCGCGGGCCGUGGCUCCAGCAGGCCCAGCCCUGCCACUCGGCCACUCGGCGACCCCGGGCGCUCUCCUGCCGCGGCUGCCCGCCACACUCCGCCGCCACCAGACGACGCGGCCGUCUCUCGCCUGCGGAGCCUCUCUCAACAGGAGAGAGGGAGGAGGCUGAUAGAGGCGGCCGAGCAGGGCGCGGUGGAGCAGCUGCGCGAGUUACUGGCGGCGGGGGCGGACGUGGGGGCGAGGGAGGAGCAGUGGGGGAGCAGCUGGACCGCCCUGCACUGGGCAGCAGGCAGGGGUCACGUGGCGGCGGCCAGCUGCCUCGUCGGCGCCGGCGCGGAGGUCGACGCCAGGACCAGCCUGGAGCAGCAGACGCCCCUGCACUGGGCUGCAGUGAGUGGCCACGCUGGUGUGGUGCGGCUGCUGGUCGCCGCCUCUGCUGACCUCAACGCGAGGGAUCGGCUGGGGCAGACGCCGCUGCACUUGGCGGCAGAGGAGGGCCACGCAGGGGCGGCGGCUGAGCUCCUCCUGGCGGGGGCGGACAGGGGGGCCCGGGAUAAGGAUGGCUGGACACCCCUGUACCUCGCCAGGGAGAGGGGAAACCAGGAGCUGGUGGAUAUGCUGACACAACGCUGACAUACGGCAUUCAGGAAGCACAAGCAGUUACACCAUAUGCAUUGGUCUUUCAAAUAAAGAAUACAAAAAAUCAAUCCUUUGUUCAUUUAUUUGUACAUACCAUUUUGUGCUGCGUAUGACAACUCUGGUAACACCGGGACAACGACGAGAGAUACCUGUAAACUAACGUGAGGAGCCCUUCAGUCUGUAAAAUACUUCACGAUCAGUUUUUGCAAAAGCUGAGUAACAACUGAUAAACACUGCACUAUUACUAAGCACCACCUGUCUCUCUCAAGAUAACGUCAGCACUCAAUCUCUUUGAAGACACGAAUGGCGCAAUAUUGUUGGUUGUCUACCACAUCACGCAGCUGCACUAACGUUCGUUGUUCGGACCAGACCACAGCAUUACCUGAUUACUGGAAAC